ACACUAUAAAGUAAGUAAGAAAAUUAUUUUUAUUUGCUUAUAAAGAAAACAUUUUUCAUGAAAAACAUUUUCGUAUCAAACAUCGUCGAUAACAAGUUCUUUUCUAGAACCAGAAACUAUCCUAGUUUAUAUGCUUUGCUUUAUUGGGGAUGCUGAAUUUCCCCCUCGGAACACUGGAAAACCUAACAUUGACUAUGAUCCCCCGUAAAGUAAAGUAAUUGAUGCCCGAUAAUGCACUUAGUGUUUGUAAGAAGAUAAAACUUGUGAACAAAAAUAUAUUUCUGGAUCUUUAAGUCCCGUGCGGAAUAAUGCAUGCACUAACGGGAUGUUUUCGUUCCAUGAGAUCAAGGCGUCCACCUGGUUUCGAGAACCAUGACUUACUAGCUUCUGAGACUUCCUUUUCUGUUAAUGAAGUGGAUGCAUUGUAUGUUCUAUACGGAAAACUAAGCAGCUCCAUAAUUGAUGAUGGUCUUAUUCAUAAGGAGGAGUUUCUUCUUGCGCUCUUCAACUGUAGCCCUAAGCAGAAUCUUUUCGCACACAGAUUGUUUGAUUUGUUUGAUCUUAAGCAAAAUGGGGUAAUUGAAUUUGGAGAAUUUGUUCGGUCAUUAAGCAUAUUCCAUCCAAGGACUCCUCAAGCAGACAAGAUUGAAUUUGCAUUUAAAUUGUAUGACUUGAGGCACACUGGAUUCAUCGAACGUGAUGAGUUGAAGGAAAUGGUAUUUGCUAUUCUGAAUGAAUCGGAAUUGACACUUCCGGAUGAUGCUAUCGAAGCAAUUGUUGAUAAGACAUUUCUAGAGGCAGACACGAAAAGAGAUGGACGGAUUGAUCUAGAAGAAUGGCAGGAAUUGGUCACAAGAUAUCCUUCUAUCAUUAGGAACAUGACUUUACCAUUCCUAAAGGAAAUAACUCAAAUGUUUCCAAGCUUUGUGCUGACAACUGAAGCUCAAGAUUCACAACUAGUGUUUGAAAACUGAUCGGUGCCAACUGCCAAAUUCUAUUCUGCUAUCAGCGCACUAUCAACAAGGUGUCGUUUGGUUCAUGCCUCAUGGGAUAAAGGUGAAAUGUCUCAGGAUUAAAUUUAUAUUUGUUUGGUUGAAGAUAUAACUAAUCGCAGGAAAAGUUUAUACCUCGAACACAGUAUUAUGUCAUUCCACCUGGGAUAAUUAGUCACACGAUUAUAAUUGCAGGAAUAUAAUCUCGGGAUAACUUUAUCCGCAAACGAAACGACUCCCAUGCGUUUGAAAGUACCAGUCUAUAUUUCCAUUCUUUGUUUUUUUUGUUCAAGUAGCUAUCUAUCUGCUCUUAGGCAAACCAUAAACUAUAUUAAAGGAAGAAAAAACUUUUUUGUAUAUUGUAGCAGUUGUAGUGGUAGUUGACGAGAGCUCUAUGGAUGAUUUGCACAAAUGGAGCACUUUUGUGCUGGUAUUUUAUCGAUUUUAUGCUAAAUAAAUCUAGGUAGCAUAUGAUCAUGCAAUUCGGAGCUUAAAUUUAAAGUUGACUUGAAAUAAGUGUUUAUCUAUGAUAUUUGAAUAAAACUUUUUCGGAUGUGCAUUCUCAAUAUAGGGAGUAAUUACCCGGUUAAUUCAAGUUAAAGGUGUUAAGAUGUAAUUUU